AUGAACCAAAUGAUUGCCGAUGAAGAAUCAUACGAGGAUGUGACGGAGAAUAUGGACAGUAUGAAUAUUAGCGCUGUGCCUGGCGAAGCCCCAACUAUCCGCGACACGAGUCAGACGAUUGAUGAACCAGAAACUGUGGCCUCGCAUAUGUAUCGAAUGGCUGUUCUCGCGAUGACGUUAGAUGGACAAAUUCCUGGGAUCGAUGCCUCAGAUGUGUCCGGUAAAUCUUGUUCCCUUUAUAAAUGGAUGCUCUGGUUCACGAUAUUGGCGAAGCUAUCGUUGGUGGACAUAACGCCGCAUUGUGGAAUCGGCAAGGAGAAUAAACUGCAUUGGAAGCUAAAGCUAUGCAACAAAUUGCCACUUUUGUACCGGAAGACGUUGGGACUGACUGGGUUGGCGUAUCACCUCGACAAAUUCGAUAUGAUCGCGCAAGCGUUUGACUACGAGCAGAAAUACGGUAUCGAUUUACACGAGUUCUUCACUUCGACGGUAGGAAAACUCAAAAUGGAGCCUUUCGUCAGUUGGGACACGGAGUUACGGGCUAAACGGGCAGACUGGAUCCCAACAAAAAAG